AUGGAAGAAAGUGAAAUAGCAAUUGACGAUUUUGGCAAUAUCUCAACAGGAACCCCAUCAAACGGCCAGCAAAGCCAAAGGCAAAAAAUAGACGACUACGUCACCAAUCACAGGGAAUUCAAUUCCUUACCGAAGCUGUACAAUGGGCAACAGUUUGACCCCUUUCGACUUUUUUCAACCUUUGCCAAACAAAAUAACUUAUGUAUUAAUAUCCCCAUCACACUAGUUCGCCUAUGCACUGUAGGACAGCCUUACUUGGUUCAAAGCAAUAAAUAUGGAGCGGUGACCUCAAAACAGUGUUCAGAAGGCGAAUUUUUCAAUUUAUAUAACGGGAAAAGUGACCAUGAAUCCCCAAUCUACUGUUAUAAAACUGUAGGCCACGAAACUAUCUUUCUCUAUACCCGAGAAAGCGCUGAAUCCUUAUGGAAUUCCACCAGCAACACUGCAGCGAGGAUUCAGCAUUUUGUUCAUUGUAGGUCUAAGCCUUCAUCAAUAAUAAGAGUCCAUUGAAGAGUUGGGAUGAAAAGUAAAUAUUUCUUGAUUUCCAACCGAGUAAAGUACAAUUUUACGCAAAAAGAAACAACAAUAAAAAAACUCAACACAAUUACAAUGGUAAGCAAGAAAAAGAGAAGCAAUACCAUGAUGGGUGGAGAUUUUAGGUACACUGAUAUGAUUUCCAAAACUUCAAAAUCCAUAAAUAACCCUUUUAAAGUCACCUUAGCUCAGGACAAAUUAAAACAUAAGCGCACAGAGUCGCUGAUGUCUCAGAAUAGCAUACUGAAUCCUGCUUUUUAUGAUAAGAACUUAUGUGAAAUCUCAACUGUGAUGAGUUUGCCAAAUAAUACAAAUAGCAAUAUUGUGAAUCCACGCGAACUUGACACUAUAACUGUAAUUGAAGACACAGUAAAAGUAGCUGAUAUAGAAAACAUGGUCAACAGAAUUACAAAAUUUUUAUGCGAUAAUGCAUAUAGAAAUGGAGAACUUGGAGAAAUGCUACUUGAUUUCACUUGUGAUAAGGACAAAAAGUGGGUGUUUUUAGACUCAAAAGAAAUUGUUUUGCAGCAAAAAAUGCUUCCGGAAAUAAGAUAUGUAAAAAGAGCUGAUUUACCACCAAAAAUGAAAAGAAGAACUUUAUCAUAUGUAAAUAUGCCGAAGCCAAACAUAAAAAAUUUCAACUUUAACAUUAAAAUCAACCAAAUUGCAGACUCUACCCCUAAAUGCCCUUAUCUCCCAUCUUCUCCACAGCUUGAUGAAAGCAAGCCUCUCCGAAAAAUGAGUUUGACUCCAGGAGUUAUGCAAAGUUGCCCAUUUAUUUUAAAUUCCCCUUUAAAUGAUAGUCAAAAAUCAGGAAUUAACGAAUCUGAUUUUAUGGAAAAAUGGCACAAAGCUUCCAAAAAAAUAGACCAUGCAGUAAGUUUGAAGCCAUCUAUGAUGGCUAGGCUAGUUGACGCUGAAGAACAAAGCAUUAGAGCUUAUCAAGCAAGGCAUAUUAAAAGUGAUUCAAUGACUGAUUUAACAAUUACUAAUUCUCCUGAAGAAGGGAAAAAAGACAUCCACGAGUCUCCUGCAUCGAAUAUUCAUAAUACUUCGAAUUCUCUGUGGGAUAAUAAAUAUAACGACCAUAUUAAUAAAUGCUUUACAGAUGUCAUUGAUAAAAUAGAUGAGAUGAAUAUGAAUACAGAACUUUUAAAAAUAAAGAGUAGAAAUUUAGUUGAAGCUUAUGGAGGAGACGAGUUUUGAAGCCGCUUUAUUUCUUCACUAUAUAAGAAGAUUACGGCUUGUGAUGCUUUGACCAAAUUUUAUGAGCAUUAUAAUUUGCAAACAAUUUUUAAUGGCAUGUUUAAAGUGUUCAAUGGGUGCGCUACGCUUGAUUUUAGAAGAAGAAUUAAAGCUGUGCAUGAAGGGAUGGGAAUUACUGAAAAAGAAUUUAACUUGUACGUUGAUAUUUUUGAUAGUGUGCUUCGUGAGCAUGAUGUAAAAGACGAAGACAUACAUAUUAUAAUGAUUCAAAUUAGGUCUAUGAAGUGGCUUAUUUGCAGAGGGAAAAAUAAUAGCAAGCUUAUAUAA